CCAGAACAGUCAUAGAGUACAUUAUUGUUUUAUAAUCAAUCUGUGGAGAAUAUAAUCAGUUUUUCAAUUACCUACUACACUACAUGUGUUGCAUGUGUAUACUACAUGCUUUAUAUCGCUUCUUGAUCUCUUCGUGCGCUUCGCUAUUUAACGGUUUGACAUUAACAUAAUACCGAAAUUAGAUUUUCUUGGGCGGGUUACUGAAAAUGGCUUCUUCUUCAGAAGAAACACUUCCAGAGGGGUGGGAAGCACGUAAAAGUAGGAGUACUGGUAUGAUUUACUUCUUGAACACUCAUACCAAAAAAUCUCAGUGGGACAAGCCAGAUGGCCCUGCUCCUCUGGUUGACGAGGAUGAUGAUGAUGUCUGCCCCAGUCAAAUACAAUGCAGCCAUCUGCUUGUGAAACACUCUGGGAGCCGGCGACCAUCUUCUUGGCGCGAAGAGAACAUCACCAGGACAAAGGAGGAAGCUCUGGAGAUGUUGAGUGAGUUUCGCAAGAGGAUUGUGAAUAAGGAAUUAUCAUUCGAGGAACUCGCCAAGACUUAUUCUGACUGCUCAUCAGCCAAGCGCAACGGAGAUUUGGGCCGUUUCAAGAAGGGGCAGAUGCAGAAAGCAUUUGAGGAUGUGGCUUUUUCUCUCAAGAUUGGUCAACUGAGCCAAGUAGUCGAUACUGAUUCGGGCCUACAUAUUAUCGUGCGAACGGCUUAAAUUCGUUUCCGAAAUAGCUUCUUUAUUAUGUUUACCAAAAAAAAAAUGUUUGUUUAUUAUAAGCAUGUUCACAUAUAAGUCGUAAAUAUUUUUUAUUAAAAAAAAAAAUUAAUUCUAAAUUUGUUGCUAAUUCGUGAUUAUGUAUUCCACAAUAUCAUGAUGACAGUGCAAAGAAGUGAAUAUGCUGCAUUAAUUUAAAAUUGUAAUUUUAUUAACAAUCUGUAAACAGAUCUAUAGCCGAAAUAACUAAACGUAAAGUUUUAUCAAAUCUAAAUGUUAGUGGUUAACAUGUUUGCUUCACUUUCAUUCUUCAGUAAAUUAAUAUAUAUUUGAAAUAUUUAUUCACAACGACACAACAAAUUUGUAUCAUUGAGUGCACUUACUUCAAAUUUGUAUUUAUGUGUUGAUGAUUUCACUGUAGUGAUUAAAAUGUAAUUGUGAUAUCAUCUAAAACAUCGUAAUAUCAUAUUUUCGCAGCAUUUGUAGUGGAAGAGGAAAUGUUCAAGGCGUCUAAAUAUAUUAGUAGGUGUAGGAAAUUUAACAUAAUGUAAUGUAGUAUGCAUGCACUACACUUUUCUCAUUUAUACUAUUUAAGUUCAUUCGUUAUUAUUUUUUCUCCAUGAUUAUAGGUUAUAUUUGUUAAGUAACAUUGUAUUUAUAAAUAGUGCGAUUUUUUUAAAUAUCCAACAUUCACAAAAAUCAAUAAAAAACACUCUUUCGUAAAAUAUUUUUAUAUGAUUUUUUUCUCUAAGUAAAAAUCAUAUUUAAAAAUAUUAUUAUGUCUUGAUUGAGAUAGAGUUAAUUAGUCAUAUUAAACAAAGAUUUCACAAAAUCACAGAAAUUAAUGUAUUGUAACUGUUUUAUAACCAUAUAAAGUUACAAUUAACAGUAUAAAAAAAUAUUUUCAAACAAAAGUGUUGUACACAAAUUUUUAAAUCUUAAAUCUGUUAUCAAGAAACUUUGCUAUGUAAACUUUAUUUAUUUUUAUAUUCGAACUUGUUAAAAUUAAAACAUGAAAAUAUCUAAAUUGUUUGUGUAAAAAAUAAUCUUUUUAAGUCUAAUUAUUUUUUUUUUACUUUACUUUCAAGCACAAGUUUUUGACUAAAAUAUUGUUAGCUACUAGUUGUUAUGAUAUAAAUGUGUAGAAUCUAUGGAUUUAGGUGUGUUAACGGCAAGGCAGUCCGUUAUCUUCUCUGUUCCUAAAUAAUUGGUAUCUCUAUAGUUCAUGUUCUUUACCAUAUAUCUGAUAAGAAUGUAAUAUUCGGAAAUACAUUAAUAAAGCAUA